AUGACGGUGAAGAAAAUUGGCGGUGGCGGCUUUGGCGAGAUCUACGAGGCUCUGGACCCGAUGAACCGCACCAGUGUGGCUCUGAAAGCAGAGUCAGCUCAACAACCCAAACAGGUUCUGAAGAUGGAGGUGGCGGUGUUGAAGAGACUGCAAGGAAAGGAUCACGUUUGUCGGUUUGUUGGAUGUGGCCGCAAUGAUCGCUUUAACUAUGUUGUCAUGGAGCUUCAGGGCCGUAAUUUAGCGGAUCUGAGGAGGAGCAUGAACCGUGGCACUUUCACAGUCAGCACAACACUCAGACUGGGUCUACAGAUACUGGAGGCCAUUGAGAGCAUCCACUCAGUGGGCUUUUUACACCGUGACAUCAAACCGUCCAACUUUGCCAUGGGCCGAUUUCCUAACACAUGUCGAACUUGCUACAUGUUAGAUUUUGGUUUGGCACGCCAAUUUACAAACUCCUGCCAAGAAGUCAGACCGCCCCGUCCUGUUGCAGGGUUUAGGGGUACAGUACGAUACGCCUCAAUCAAUGCCCACAAGAACAAGGAGAUGGGAAGACAUGAUGACUUGUGGUCUUUGUUCUACAUGCUGGUGGAGUUCUUGUUUGGGCAACUACCCUGGAGGAAGAUAAAAGACAAGGAGCAAGUGGGGAAAUUAAAAGAGACGUAUGAUCAUCGGCUCAUGUUGAAACACCUGCCCCCAGAAUUCAAUGUCUUUCUGGACCACACCAGCAAUUUGGACUACUUUACCAAACCUGACUAUCAGCUACUGAGGACCGUUUUUGAGAAUAGCAUGAAAACCUACAACGUAGUGGAAAAUGACCCGUAUGAUUGGGAAAGGAUGAGCUCAGAUAGCCCACUGACAAUCACCGCCACGGCAAACACACCACAGCACCAUACACGCCUCACACCACGUUGUGAAUGCCUCACAGCUGCCAGCAGAUCUUCUGAAGGAGAACGCGAUGAUGCAGCUAACAGUGGCUUUGUUGCUCUAAACCUGAGCUCAGGUCUACAAGAUGUUGAGUUGCGUGAUUGGGUGAUGGUAGAGAAGGGCUCUGACCUGCGGGACUUCAAAGAGGCAGCAGGACGUAGCCCUGGUCCUGAGGCUAAACUCACUUGUAGCCCAUCAGAUGAGUGUGAAGAGGAGCCAGAAGUUUUGCAGCCAAUGGAUGAAUCACCGGAUAAAGAAUCCACUCCUAGUCCCGUACAAGGAGACACCCACAUACCUCACACAGUCCAGGGCUCACAAAGGAUGGAUCGGUUGGAGCUCAGUGUAUUCCCUGCUGCUGGUGGACCUCCUGUAACCCCCACCAGUCCUGGUGAGGCACUGGCUGAAGGUGCACUCACACAGCUACCCACCUCUCCUGCAUCCCAACCCGAGGAGCUUGUGGCAAGGACGUGCAGCCCCCUGCACCUGCGCUCCCCUAGCCCGCACACCCUCCUGACCACCCUGUCGGACCCCCUACACCAGCGCGCCCCGCCUGGGAUGCAGCGCAGCCAAUCUGCAGAUCACCAACACCACCCUUCCUCUUCCACCUCCUCGUACUAUGCCUCGCUGCCACUACCUUCCCAGCCACGUGCUGCCCAUUCGCCUGGACGCAGGAAACUUCCUGCCAUUCCAGCGACUGCUGCAAACACCAAGUUCCCCUCAAUCAUACGAAUCACCCGCGCUCAGCUUCAGCAGCUGACAGCUCAGCGACCCUCUGUACUGUCUUCCCGAUCUGCAUUCGACAGCGUUCCACUGGAGAGACGUGAUACUGAAAAUGGUAACAAUGAGAUGCAUCCACAAGACAACACAGCUGACAACAACUCCCCACAGGAGCAUGUUGCCUUCCAGCCCACCAGCUCCUCUAAUGUUGAAGGGGAUCCUUUGCUAAAUGGGAAUGGACCUCAGAAACCUUCAAGCCCAGUGCCAAGCCUGGUGCCAUCUCCAUGCACACCUCCCUCUCCACGUAGCCCAGUUCUGAUGAACGGCUGUCUUACACCUCCUUCAGAUACACAGAGAGAUGGCAACAAGCAGCCUCCUAAAAUAAAAGACCCCAAGAGUGAUCCUCCCAUCCUUGAGCACUCCAUCGAGCCCAACCAAUACACUCUGGAGGAGGGAAAGGAAGAUGCUCCUUCCAGAAACGGCCCCUCUUCUCCAGCCUCUGCUCCCAAACAAGACCCUAAUCGUCGGCACAGCCGUAUCCCAGUGUUAGAACCAUCUAGCCUUCUGGAUCCACCACCUGGAUCUGCUAAAGAGAAGUUGCUGCAGAGGAAGGUUCACCAUGUUCCACUUUCACCCUCUGCUUCCCCGUCAUUAUCCUCUGACAGGCGUGUCAUUGUGGCUGCUAUGCAGCGGGACCAGAUUUCUUCUGCCUCUUCUGAACGCUCUCAAGAUGAAGAGUCGCUUCUGGGUUCUCGUUCCGAUCGUCAUGGAGAUGAUGCUGCCUCACUGUCCUCAUCCUCUAGCCCACUUCUACGGAAGAGCAAGAUACCACGCCCAGUUACCCCCACAACGAAUGCGGAAACCAUUACUGCACACUUUGUGCCCCGUCCACCACCAGGAAAACCUAGCCGCUCCAAUGUGGAUGGAAGGCUACGGCGGUACAGGAUUUGUGCCGGCAGCAACAGUGACUCAGAUCUGCUGACAUGUUUGGCCCAGCUAAUGCACGGCAGCUCGCCCCGUGGCUCUCCGCACCCCAGCUGCUCCUCCCCCCAGCACAUGGGUGCGAGGCAUGUGUUCGUCGGUCCCACCGCUGCUCAGCACCUCCACCAGCGCAGCUCUAGUGCCUCCCCCCGCAGCUCCUCCUCAAUACAGCGCUCCAUCAGCUCUAUCCCGUACUGCCACGAGCACCGUGGUGGCUGUCUGGGCCGCAGCCAUUCUCCUCCCAGUUUCUCGGGCUCACCUCCUCUGCGCCGCUCUCAUCCUCACACACAGGAAGGAUGCUGUGGGAGACAGGCCCGCUCCGCCACUGUACACACCCAACGGGGCAAAGCUGGCAUCCGUGAGGUCAGAUGCUCGAGCAAGCUGGGCAGAUAGUCAACCACAGGUUUCAGACACUGGCAGAAGAAGUGAAUGAGUGAAAGUGGGACCUUUGGGUUUCAAAGAUCCCAAUUUCUACAAUAGCUAAAAAAAUAGUUGAUUCUCAUUCCCUCGCACAUCUGCAGUUUUUGCAACUCCUUUGUGUCCUCUCCAUCAAUAGCCUCAAUUUUUAGAUGCUGGCUUUUAGGAACACCAAAGUCACUUUGAGAACAUGGGAGGUUAUACGUGAUGGUGAUUGGCUGGAUCUUUAGUAGUUUAUAGUUUGUUUUCUUUCAAACAUUCCAGAGCUUUUAUGAAGAUUACUGUAUCAUGAACUACAUGAGGUUUGCAUCAAGAUUGGCUGUACUACAGUAUUUAUUAUGUUAUUUAUUUGGGCUUUGAUGCAUUGCAGCCCUCUCUGAGCAGUGGCAGGUACACUGCUAGAUCAUGCCAUCAUUAACCCUUUCUGUGCUUGUGCUUUGGCUACUGUCAGCACUAAGACAUGGCCUGAAACACUGUACGCAAGUAUGUGAACUGACAUGCUGUGGUUGCAUGUUGUUGCAUUUGAAAUCUGUGCCGAAAACAAAAACUCAGUCAUUAGUGUUCUUACAUGGGAAAGGUUUAUUUUUAGGUCAACUAAUAUCAUGAGCGGAGCAACAGUUAGAAGAGAACAUUGCUGAGUUAGCUUUCUUAAAACGUAACGGGAUAGUUCACCACAAAAUGAAAAUUCUUUCCUCAUUUA